AUGACAGACAAGGUUGGAACAGAGGCCGACAAGCUGCCAGCCACGGGGCAGGCUGGUGAUCAGAAGGUUGAGAACAAGGGCGACGAUUUGCUGGACGUGAAGGCCGACCAGGCCCUGCACGGAGGCACAAACAUCGUCCCUGAAACGCACUCUGCUGCUGUGCCUGUGGAGAAGAUCAGUACGCCUGUGCCUGGCGUGCAGCCAGCAAGUGGUACCAGCAGGUAA